AUGACUUCAUCUAUCCUUGAUCUGCCAGAAAUCUUGCUGCUCAUCGUUGAGUAUGCAGAUCUACCCACCAUAUCUGCUCUGGCGCGCACCAGAAGGCACGCCUGGCAGGUUAUCUCAAACUACGAGGCAUCCAUUUCUGCACAUCGCCUAAUCACCUUCCCUGUACCCCCUACUGGCGGCGUGUUGUCAACCAAGAGUGUUGAUGGGCGCGAUGUUCUACCUCGUCUCUCCCUCGACACUGUCCGCGAGCUUCAGCGCAGGGAACAACGAAUCUCGACCAUGGUGCGGACCGAGUUCCUAGCUGCCAACACCACGAUUCCGAGCCAGUCGCGACCGCGGUACCUGUGCCGUCUCGAGCGCGCUGCCCAUCUGUGCGACCACAUCUCGGAUCUCGGCUGCCACUGCGAUGGCGGAGAAUGCCUGGAGACUGGCCUCAGAGGACGCCAAGCGCAAGCCAACUUCAUCAAGACCCUUCCAGCCAUCGACCUUGCCUUCCUCUCGGAGCUUUCGUGGAUAGGCUCUAUCGGCUGGGCCCGGUCCAUGGGCACCACCGUUAACCGCGACCCGGAUACCAAGUACAAGUCACUGGCGUUUGAAGAGAUGGUGCUGCGCCAAGGAUCUGCGUUUCUCUGGGGAUACGCCCUUGGAUCUGACGAGUUCCGUACACGCGCUAAUAAGCAAAUUCUCAGCGGCGCCAACGAGAUUGAGGAUUGGGAAGUCGGAGUCGGGGACCAACUGCCCUCACUCCGGCAAACUGUGAUCCGCACCUUCAUGGCCCACAAAGGAUGCGAGUUCAAGGAUGUAUGGACAGAGUUCGACGCAACGAUUGUUCAGUGCUGCUAG